AUGUUUGAAAAUUUUGAUGAGGAACCUGAGCACGAAGCUGAAGCCUCGGUUGCAGCAGGAGACGAUGAUGAUUCUGAAGAAAAUGACGAAGAUUUUGACCCUGCGCUCGAGGUGGGCACUGCUUCUGAUGCCUCUGAGGAUUUAUUAGAGGACGAUCUAAUCGAUUUCACAGAGACCGAGCGAGCAGGUUGGAUCCGACAAAGUAGAACACGUGAUGGAAAUCCGACAGCUGAAACCGGUGAUCUAACUAAUUGGUUAGUUCCCUUGAUUCCAGUUGACGCCUCGGCUUCCCUGGUUGCUCGCGAGAGUGACUCUUCUAGAGUUGAUGAUAUGCAGAAGAAUUCUUUUUACAACAGCAAAGACGACCUGAUCAUUGCUGUUGGUUUGUGGACCAUGAAACGAGGCACUGUGACUAAAGUUGUCCGCUCAGAUUCGGGACGGGUCUAUUUCACGUGCAAGCACUCUGACAAGUGCAAUUUCAAUCUUCGCGCGUCUAGUCACGGCGGAGGGAUGUGGAGAGUGCAUAAGUUGAAAGAGCAUUCAUGCGAAGGGGACUUGCGCACAGCUAAAAAAAUCAAGGCACACUCGAAGAUGGUUGCAGCGUAUGUGGCAAACAGAAUACGCGAUGAUGGAGAGGUCAUUAAGCCGAAAUCCAUCAUGGCGGAGUUGGUACGCAAUUUCGGCAUCAAAAUCAAAUAUGAUGUCGCGCUGCGUGCAAGAAAUCUCGGGAUGGAGAUGAUAUACGGUCUAGUUGAUGAUUCGUUCCUCCUGCUCCCAAGAUAUCUGUAUGCCCUGAGGGAAGCGAAUCCUGGCACCUUGAUUGGUUUGGAAGUAGACAUAGACUGCCGGUUCAAACAUUUGUUUGUUGCUCUUGCUGCUUCCAUCUCACCUUUCUACUUUUACCUUCGACCAGUGAUUGUGGUUGACGGCACACACCUGAAGGGGAAAAAUAGUGGCAUUUUGUUUGUCGAUGUGGCAAAAGACAGAAACGAGGCAGUUUUUCCCUUGGCGAUUGGUGUCGGUCCGAUCGAGAAUGAUGAGUCGUGGAAGUGGUUCAUGUCACAUCUGAGACAAUCUUGCGGCGAGCCCGAGAACUUACUUGUUGUAUCUGAUGCGCAUGUCUCCAUCGCUAAUGCUGUGAAGAGCGAGUUUCCAAAUGCUACUCACGAUAUUUGCUACUACCACUUGUUGAACAAGAUCAAGGGUUACGGGCCCGGUGUUGCUGAGCUUUUCCGCCAAGCUGCAUACGCUUACGAGCAAUCAGAUUACACACGUGCAAUGUCAGCCAUGGCUGCUCUGAAGCCAAAGGCGUACGAGAAGUUGUUGCGCGUAGGACCGGAGAAGUGGGCACGAUCACAACCGUUACAGUUUCCUUACAUCCAAUGGGGCCGAGAGUUUUAA